GGGGUAGAAGGAGACUGACAGAAGAGCGGCAGCCGGAACCCCAGGGGAGCUGUGGUGAGCUCACUGAGCAGAAGCGUGUCCUUUACCAACAGAUGUUACAUGGAGUCUGUUUCCCGUCCGUGAUCUGCCUCAGUCAAUGUGCACGAGGCUGGGAGGGAAACAAGAUGCAUGCAAUCGCCCACUUGGAACUGCCGCUCCUGUCCUCGUCAGAUGGGAAGAUGAGUUAGCCAAAGACAUUUGUGCAUUUAAUGCUGCCAUCUGGGCUUUGAUUUGGAUUUCACAGGCAGGUCCUGUGUGCCAUUUCAGCUUCCCUCCCUCUGAUUGCUGUGGACCAUCUAUAACAUGAGGUGCCGCAUAUAUAAAAAGAAAGUCAUCCUUCUGGCUUUAGUGGUGGUAGCCUGCGGCCUGGCACUGUGGAACAGUGGCAGACAAAAAAAAAAUGACUUUGUUCAAGACUCGGACGUGGAGAAACCAAACGGGAAGGGUCAUGUGUCCCCAGGGAGUAGGAAAAUUUCUAAUGACUCUGCCCCCGAGAAAAUACAGAAAGCGGAGGUGGACAACGUGACUAUGGUGUACAGAUCUGUCGUUUUUCAGCUGAAUUUUGACCAAACUAUUAAGAACUUGGAAACAAUUACCAAUCGGCCACAGGAUGACGUGGUCAUCGUAGUGCAAGUGCACAAUCGACCGGACUAUUUAAGAUAUCUCUUGGAGUCUUUACGAAAAGCCAAGGGCAUCGAGAACGUGCUGUUGAUUUUCAGCCACGAUUACUGGUCGGCCGAGUUGAAUCAGAUUGUCGCCAGCGUGGAUUUCUGUCAAGUGCUCCAGAUCUUUUUCCCAUUUAGCAUCCAGUUAUACCCCAAUGAAUUUCCCGGGCACGACCCAAAAGACUGCCCCAGAGACAUAGAAAAAAAAGAUGCCAUUAAGCUCGGUUGCAUCAACGCGGAGUACCCAGACUCCUUCGGGCAUUACCGCGAGGCUAAAUUCUCGCAAACGAAGCACCACUGGUGGUGGAAGCUGCAUUUUGUUUGGGAGAAGGUAAAGGUUUUAAAAGAGCACAAGGGCCUAGUCCUUUUCAUCGAGGAAGACCACUACUUGUCUCCCGACUUCUAUUACGUGCUUAAAAAGAUGUGGAGCAAAAAAACUGAAGAAUGCCCAGAGUGCGACGUGUUGACCAUCGGGAGCUAUGCCCGUCUCCAGUCAUUCGCCGAAAAAGCGGACAAAGUGGAGGUGAAAACGUGGAAGUCUACGGAACACAACAUGGGAAUGGCCAUAACCAGGGAGACAUAUCUGAAGCUCAUCGAGUGCACAGACACUUUUUGUUCUUACGACGACUAUAACUGGGACUGGACCUUGCAGCACCUGACCGUCACUUGUCUUCCUAAGUUCUGGAAAGUCAUGGUUCCCGAAAUUCCCAGGAUAUAUCACAUUGGGAGUUGUGGGAUGCACCAUAAGAAAUCUUGCAAAGCAACCACAGAAAGUGCCAAAAUGGAAGCCAUGUUUACAGGCAACCAACCGUACCUAUUUCCUGAGAACGUAGCCAUCGCCCACCGAUACUCAAUGGGCGCUCUGUCCCCGCUGGUGAAAAACGGGGGGUGGGGGGACAUUAGAGACCAUGAAUUAUGUAAGAGCUAUCGCAGGCUGCAGUAACGUUGCAAGCUCUGAACUUUGAACAAUUGCGUUCUGUCUCUGCGGAGCGUUCCAGAUGAAGGAGUUUACAAAUUUACCCUCUCGGUUCCGUGACUUUUUCUUUUCUUUUUUCUUUUUUUUUUUCUCUUCGAUUGUCGUCCUUUUAAUUGUCGAUCAUUUCUAUCUGUGUGGAAUCUUAAGAUGAAAUUAAUUACGGCUCUUUCUUACUAAUUAAAAGAUGCAUCAUACAUAUAUAUAGAACACGUCCAUGGAAGUCCUUUUCGAAAUAAAUGAAAUUGAAGCUA